AUAAAUUUUAAUGUCGAUAUUUCAUGUGACAGAUAUAUCUGAAAAACCUUCUUCUUAUACUAGCUCCCUUGCAAAUAAAGAGGUAUUAUUAAUAGUUUAAAAUAGAUAAAUUAUAAUGCAUUGAGAAGUGAAGUACGAACUUCCAUCAUUGACAAAUAUAACCAUUUCGAAAAAUUGGGAUAAAAACCUUUGAGUCCAAAAGGUGGUUAAUAGACUAGAGAUAGCCCUAAAAAACAUUAAAAUACUCUUCGCACUUUAGAUAUUUUAUUUGGAAAGCCAACUUAAAAUUCUGAAUAGGUUUCUUAGUCUUCCCCAGCAAAAAUUAGUGGAUUAAAAAAGAAGUUAACUAUAAAGUUAUAUUUAGAAUGCAAUAGAUUGGUACUCAAGAAUAAACAGGAAAAUUUCAUUUAUCAACAGGAGCAUAAGAUUUUAAAAGUACUUAUUAUGAUUAAUCUGGAUCCAAAUAUUCUUUUUUAUCACCUUAAAAUAGAAAUAAUUAAGAUAGUUUAGUGAGAUCAGGAUCUUUAACCUCAAAAUUCUAUCCAGAAAGAGGGUAAAUUGAAUUGUUAUUUUCAUAGAACAUAAUUAAGCAAUUCUGUUCCAAUUUAAAGAUUAGUGGAGAUCUAAAAUUUAUUAGAAUUGACUCCAGCAAGUGAAUUAUAAACUUUACCAAGAAAGUAAUAUUUGAUAUUAAAUUUUAGCUAUUUAGAUGAAUUACAAAGAGUAGCCAGUUCAAUUCAAAGAAAUUUGAAACAUCAUAAUGAUAUACGUUUAAAGUAAUGA